CCUCUUCCUCAUAAGCGUCCCUUCGGGGACAUCCGAUAAAAUUGGAACGAUACAGAGAAGAUUAGCAUGGCCCCUGCGCAAGGAUGACACGCACAAAUCGAGAAAUGGUCCAAAUUUUUUUUUCCCGCUACCUGUCCUUCCCCUUCUCUUCGACCCUGAAAUUACCAAAUCAUCCCUCUGAUUUAUCCAAUUCUUCGUUUUCGGCAAGAGUAGUCCACUGCUAGUCUUUCUCAAUUCAGUUUCAGUUAGUUUUAUAUCAAAUGUUAGCCGCAAAAGCCAUUGAUGGUAAACUUUCAAGGUGGAGGUCUUUUGUGCCCAUUAAAUAUUUUGCUUCAUUGCCUGCUUUUGAGAGGCCAAUUUCAGCUCAUGAAGAUUUGACCAGUGGUGCCAAUGCACUUGGGGGUUCCUUUUCCGAUACUUUCUGCGGCAGAAAUGAUGCUAUGGAAGCUGAAAAUUUCAAAAAUCAAGGAGUAAAUGAUUUCACUAGCCUAGUGAAGUAUAGAAAUGAUGAGAAUAUAAUAAGGCCAUCUCCAUGGAAUGGACAAAAGGCAGUUGCAUCAUCAUAUUGUUUCCCCAAUCGAGUACAUGACAUGUUAUACAUGUCAUUACGUAAUUUUAGUUCUCAGAGCAGUGCUACGUCCGUUACGGAUGUGAAAACCAAGUUCUUGGGAUCAAUUCCUAAAUUUGUGAAGGUUGUGGAAGUUGGGCCUAGGGAUGGACUGCAAAAUGAGAAGGCAAUUGUACCUACUGCUGUGAAGGUUGAUCUAAUAAAAAUGCUAGUUUCUUCAGGAUUAUCUGUCGUUGAGGCUACUAGUUUUGUCUCACCAAAAUGGGUGCCACAGCUUGCAGAUGCGAAGGAUGUACUUGAGGCAAUUCAAAGUGUUGAAGGUGCAAAGUUUCCUGUUUUGACACCAAAUCUCAAAGGCUUUGCAGCAGCUGUUGCUGCUGGGGCCAAGGAAGUGGCUAUCUUCGCUGCAGCUUCUGAAUCUUUUUCCAUGUCAAACCUAAAUUGUAGCAUCAAAGAUAGUCUGAAUCGAUACCAUGAUGUUGCCUGUGCAGCCAGAAAUAGCUCUAUACCUGUCCGCGGGUACAUAUCAUGUGUUGUUGGCUGUCCAGUGGAAGGAGCAGUAUCUCCCUCGCAAGUAGUUUAUGUGGCAAAAGCACUUCUUGCCAUGGGGUGCACUGAAAUCUCCCUUGGUGACACAAUUGGUGUUGGCACUCCUGGUACCGUUGUUCCGAUGCUUGAAGCUGUCCUUGAAGUUGUACCUGUAGAGAAGCUUGCUGUCCAUUUUCAUGACACCUACGGGCAAGCUCUUUCAAACAUUCUCGUGUCAUUGCAAAUAUUUUGGAGCUGCAAGAAUUACAUGAUGGGGAUCCGUACGGUUGAUUCUGCUGUAUCUGGUCUUGGUGGUUGUCCAUAUGCUAAAGGUGCUUCUGGAAAUGUUGCUACUGAGGAUGUCGUCUAUAUGCUCAAUGGACUAGGAGUGAAGACAAAUGUUGAUCUUCAGAAGGUCAUUUUAGCUGGGGAUUUUAUCUGCAAGCAUUUGGGUCGAUCUCCUGGUUCUAAGGUUGCUAAAGCACUGAGCAGAGUUCCAGAAAAUGCCUCAAAGCUGUAAGGUGCUUCUGACACCUCAAAAGUGUAGUUUGAACUUGUGCAUCCAAGCUGAAAGAGGAUAUCUCUAGCAACUUAUAUCCUGCAGAUGCUACAAUCCAAAUUCAGCAGGAUGUUCUGCAUUCUCAUCCGUCUUGUGCAGUCCUCACUUGCAAUGAUCUGUGAGCCAUACACGAAAAUCUCAGGGUAUAUAUUCACCAUCAUUUGUGGAAACUAAUUUCGAAGAAACAUUUUAAAAUCUGUCUACCUUCUGUUUUCUUGGUAUGCAACGGCGGAUUCGCUCUUGCAAAUUGAUUCUAUGUGCAAAAGUCCUGUGAUAUUGAUGACAUUGAAGUUUUUCUUUGCAAUUUAUGUCACUCAUAUCAGGUACAUCUGUAAGUUCUGGAUAUGUUCUUUAGAGUUGAAAACUACUAUUGAUUAUCAGUACAAAUAAGGGAGUCAGCUUUGUUCUUCAUGCAAUAAAAUUGAACUCAAUUGAUUACAUUA